AUGACGAAUAUGGAUUGCGCCGCUGAUGUGGCUCUGCUUCAAAAGACACGAGGACGAUACAAAGAAGGCCGCAGUCCCGAGAAUCUGGCACCACAAGUGCAAGCAUUCACGGUAGACCCAAUUCUCCGUCGUGGCAAUGACGAUAAAAUGGUGAUCGUGGUCCCUAUGGGCUACCGCGAUGGUCUGCUCACUAACUUUAUUGAAGUUGGUGAGCCACCUGAACUCUUUGAGGUCACCUUGGACACCGGCAAUGGUUUAGCUUGGGUUCCAUCUACCAAGUGCACUAGUCAAAAUUGUGAAGGUCAAAAGCUGUAUGAUCCAAGCGAAUCGGAGACUGCCCUAGCACUCAAUCACAAACCACUUGAGCUCAAAUAUGAAGAUGGAAAAUGUGCCACCGUUGAUCUCUACUCUGAAAGUAUCGGUUUAUAUAACGAUAACAUGGACGCUUUCACUGACCUUUCCCUCGGUGCUGGGUAUAAGAUUGAAGGCUACGAUGAUGUCGAUGGAUAUCUUGGCACUCUCGGUUUUGGCGGUCCUGGUGGCCUCAAUGUCACGAAUUAUUUGCGAAAGCGUGCUUUGGAUCAGUUAUUCAGACGAGGACUUGCCAAACGCAGUAUUGUUAGUCAAGUCGGUGGUAAUGCCGGACAAAUGGGUGUUCGUACUGGUAACCAAGGUCGCUACCAUCCUGAUACCAAAAAGAAACGCGACAAUGACGAGUACGCUGCCUAUUGUAUCAUCGGUGGUAUCGAUCCCAACUUGAUUGAGGGUGAUCCCGUGUAUGUCCCACUGCCAUCAGCAGAAGAAUGCGGCGAAGAAAGAUUCUGGAAACUGAGCUUUGAUUCAGUAACUUUUGGAAACACACACAUUGACAUUUCCGAGGGAAGCUAUGCCCAAUUCUAUUCGAGUUCUCGAUAUAUCCAUGCACCUAAACAAAGUUCCAAGGCUUUGCACGAGCAAAUUGGCGCAACGUUUAACACGGACAGUGGGUUUUACGAGCUGCCAUGCGCUAGCAUGCAAGAUGUGCCCGAUUUGCAGUUUACCUUUGGCUCCCAAAACACAGCAUCUCUCAAGCCUAUUGAUUGGAUUUUCCCCAUUUCUGAAGGAAGCGAAACGUGUCGCAGCUUCGUCAAGCAUGUCACAGUGGAUACCAACAACUGGCUCCUUGGCACUGCUUUUACGAACCCUUAUUAUAUGGUCUAUGAUUACACGAAUGAGCAGAUUGGCUUUGCCCAUAAUAAGGGAGAGGAAGUUACUGCCACCUUCUCAUAAAAGAAUAGUUUCCUUAUUCCCUUC